CAUCGGUGUGUAUGUUUGCAUAGCCUUGUCUGGUCACACUUGAAUUUUCGGUUUCGGUUUUGUGUGCAGCAGAAAGCUUUAAAUAUCUAUGUCUGAUCCAGGAAGUGCAGGUUACAACAUAACCAAGGACCCGGCCCUGGCCAAGAGUCGAAUCUUCUUGGGCAACCUGCCGGUUUGCACGCGCGAGGAGCUGGUGAGCAUUUGUCAGCCGUAUGGCAAAGUGCUUGGUUCGAUGGUCCAGAAGAACUAUGGAUUCGUGCAGUUUGAAACGGAGGAGCUGGCCAAUAAAGCCGCCUUCGCCCUGCACAAGUCCACCUUCAAGCAAAACAUGCUCACCGUACGCAAUGCCAGCAUCAAAUCGAAGGCGGCUAAUGCUAUUGCCAAAAGGAAUUCAAAUCAAGGAGGCCAGGUCACAGUACAGGGCGGCCUUAUGAUGUCAGCGGCGGCAGCGGCAGCAGGACAACCCCUCAUUAACGAUUGCGAGAUCAUAGUCCAGAAUCGCGAAAAUACCAAAUACGCAGAAUACAUUGAGGAGCGGCUAAAGAAUUCCGGUCUGCGCGUGGAUGUCCUCUUUCCCAACGAGGACGUCUUGCUCGGCAAGGUCCUGGCCAACAUCUCUUCGCGAGGCUGCUUGUAUGCGGUAUUGGUUACGCCGCAGCACGAGGAACACAACAGCAUUACAGUAAACAUUCUGUAUGGCGUACCCGCUGAGCAUCGCAACAUGCCGCUGGAGGACGCCAUCACCCUGAUCUCCACCGAUUUUAGGCUCAAGAAACAGCGCGACGCUGUCGUCUUACCGCCGGCAUCGUCCAUACACAAGGGACAGCGACGACAUCCCGAGGAAAUGCAGGGGCUGCUGGAACGGCUGGCAGACAAUCAUCCAUUGACCGCGUCGCAGUACGAGGUGAUUCUUAAGUACCUCGAAGGCGAACGCGAGGAGCAACUAAAGCGAGAGGUGGGCGAAGCCAAUGCUCUGGCCAAGCUAAAAGCUCCCGAUCCAGAGAUCGAGCUGCAGAAGAAGAUCCUCAGCAUUAUGAACAAGCCGGCAGUGACCGAUAUCACCACAGAGCUUAUGUAUCCCACUUUCGAAGCAGUCAAGGAGGACAGGAGGCUAAUGGAGCUACUUGCUGACGAUCGAGUGUUGGCGGCUCUGGAAAGUGUUUACAACUCGGAUCUCAGACAGAUUAUAGCCGAGCAUUUAUAGACUCAAUACUUAGUAGUAUUUAGUAGUUUUAAGCGAAGUACCACAUUUAGUAAAUGUAAUACCUAAUAUAUAUUACGUAUAACUCAG